UAAAUAUAUUCCAUUUUUACAAAAAUAAGUGGUCGAUCUGAUAAAAAUUAUAAAAUAUGAUACUCUUAACACAAUUAUUUACUUGCACUAAAAAUUCUAAAUUUCUCGUGAAAAAUACUACUACUACUAAUUUAGCAUGUGUGAGAUAUGCAUCAAAGAAAGCUAGUAGUAGUACACGUAAUGCACCUAUUCGCACAAGACCAAAACAUAGAGGAUGGAGAGUACAAGAUGGACAUUGUGUUAAAGAAUCUACAAUAUUAGCUACACAACUUAAACCUAGAUUUCAUCCAGGAUUAUAUGUUGGUUUUGGUAAAAAUGGUACAUUAUAUGCUUUAGAAAGUGGAAAAGUAAUGAUUACCUGUGAAAAGAUUAAUCCAAAUAUGUCUCAUUCUUGGGCUAAGCUGAAUUAUGCAGGCAGAGAAAAUAGUGUUAUAUAUAAAAAACAUUUUAAUAUUAUUCCUGAAUCACAACAUAAUAGAUUUGUAUUGAUUGAUACUUUUUAA